ACAGUACAUAGGAAAUGACUCAUAGAGGAGUUGAACCCAACGCGUGGGUGUGGGCGCUAUUAAAACAAGACUGAAAGUUUGGGGUGGGUCAUUCACACGCGCUGCUUUUGCUAUGCUAGAAACCCAUUUGUGGAUUUUAAUCUCUUGAAAUCGCCGUGGAGAUUUCAGUCCAUAGAAAGCUCAAUGGAUUUCAAUGCUACGUUGCGGUGUCUCAGCUGGAUUACCAUAGUGAUCGCCACGCUUAUUAAUGGAAUAAACGCUGAUAAAAGUUCAGCUCUCUGUGCGAAAUCUGAAUUCUGGAACAAUGAUGCAGCUGUAUGUGUGCCUUGUUAUGAGUGCAAACAGUACCCGAAAAUUCCAUCAUGCGACACAUGCCCACCCAUAGAGCCUUCGGAUUCCUGGAGGGUGGCAGCAAUUACCAGUUUAUCUGUCCUGGCAGCCGUAAUUGUUUUUGGAGCCUUACUCAUAGGCGUUCUAGUACAUCAGUGCAGGUCCAGGAGGACCUUACGUGAUCCAAUUGAAGAGACAACGGGACCUCUUUAUGCAGUAUAGGUUCUUAAAACAUUUUUUGUUUUUGUGUGCUUUGGAAGGGAUUUCUUCGGUUCAUGUGCGAUCUCCUAAAUGUUUGCAGCUCAUGGACCUCAAGGUGACAGCAUAUGGAAAUGGACUGUUACUCCAGUGAAUUAAUGCUCCAGUUGGCGAAGCAUUGGCUGGUACCUCAACCACAGAGUGUUCUAUGAGUAGCAUCUAAAUUGUCUAAUUUAUUUCAUGUCAUGCAUAGCGAAUAGUUAUGCACAAAAGCUGCACUGAGACCUUGUUAUCACUGUGCAGAAUGAGUUUGUAAACCUUAGGUGCUAAAUGACACACAACGGACAGCACGAUAGCAUAUUUUACAUUCCUUUUUGUGGAACACUUAAGAUGCUUUGACGGGUGACAGGUCCUGUUAAACUGUUUUUGCAGAAAUUAGUUUAAGGCCAUUCCUGUUACAGUUAUAGUGCAUUUCCCCAAUUUGUUUAAUAUAGUAGAACUAUUUUCCAAUUUUUUACACCAAUAUGCCUCCUAAACAGAUUUAGUAUGGCACAUAGCCAUUUGAAUGUAUUUGUAUACUUCAUUUGUACAGUUUAGUUAUAUUUUUUUAUAGUGUUGAAAUACUACGCACUGUAUAGAUGUAGCCCUUUGUACAACGAUGUUCUGACACUGACCGGCUCAGCAGCCCGUCUAUGGCAUUGAUGAAGACUCUGGAGACAGAGGGACACUGCAAAGACACAGCAGCCGAUGACCUGAAACAGAAGAAUUGACAACUGACAAUUCAGAUUCUCUCUAUCAAGAAACAAAUAGCCGCAGGUGUCAGAUUCAAUCUUAAUUUUCCUGCCUUUAUGCACAUACGAGAUUAGAUAGUGAUAUUUACAUACUUGUAUCUACAUUUAAUCUCCCAUGUCUAAUCGUCUUAGUAAAACUGUUACAAAAGGAUAGUCAUCCAUUUUAGAUGUGUAGCUAGCAAUGGGCAUUAGGAAAUGUAAGUAUUUUUAUAGAUGGAAUUGAGGAAUUUUUAUAAAGCAUAUAAGGAGACAUUAAAUGUUUCGAUCAAAUCAAGCAAGAACAGGUGAAUCUUUAAAACCUACCAAGAUCAUGUCAGAGGUUUAACUUCACCCUAGAUAGAAAAAAUGAUUUUCUUUGCAUUACAUGUCCUUCAAAAAAGGGUAUCUGCUCCACUUCCCACAAAGACUCAAUGUACCUCAUUGCAAUCACUGCCAUGUUUGUUAUGAAUCCAGAAACAGAAACUAGUGCAGAAUCUUGAUGAACAUAAACCUGUGAAGCAUGUUUAGCGCUGUCACAGUCUAGAGUAAAGCUGUUUGUGUAUAUGUGCCUUUACUCAUUCACAAUUACUCCACAGACUGCAGAGGAAACUAUGGAUUUUAAUGCAAUAAAGACAACUAAUACUGUA